UGUAUGGAAGUAUUACGAACAUUGCAAAAGAGUGUAAAUGAUUCUGGAAAUUAUAUACAAGCUUUUACUGUUGGACAAAAACAGUAUUUAAAUAAUCUUGCUGUGAAAGAAGCUGAGCUAUCAUUUCAGUUAAAAAUUUUGAACAGCCAAAUUGAAAAAUAUGAAAAGGAUCUGAAUUCUGAGCAAGAGGAAGAACUGCAAAAGUUUUCUAAAACUAACGAGCAAUAUGAAGCAAAGGCGGAAGAGCUCAGGCAACUCAAAGAAGCUAGACUUAGGUUAGAAAAUGUGGUUAAAGAAAUGAAGUUGGAGCUUCCCAGAAUUAUUGAUUUUAAACAUCAAAAAGAAAAGGAGUUGAAAGAAUAUAUGGGAACUGUGAAAAAAGUUUAUUCAAUCUGUGAUAGUAAUUGGGAACUUUGCCAAAAAAGGGCUGAGGAACAUGGUGAAGAGCUGUGUAAAAAAUUAAAGAAGUUGAAGUUUGUCCAAUCUAAGGGAAAGCCAAUGAAUUAUCAAGAUGAUUUAUAAGUUUUCCUCUUAAGAGUGAAUGUCAACUGAUGUGUAAAAUAUGAUGAUUUUUUUCCUCUUAGAGAACUAGUUUCUAAGUUGGUGUGAUCUAUUUCAUGAGUGGGCUCUAAACGUCAUGAAAGAGCUAUUUUGUAUGUUUAUGUUUCAAAAUUUUGUUCAAUA